CUGGUGUUCAUGUCAGUCCUGUCUCUGAGUUAGGUGUCUUUGAUCAGUCUUAACAUUGCGAAGUCAAUAUAAAAAUAUUUUAACAGCCAGGGCACAAACAGCAAAUGUAGCAGAUUUCACCGCACUGGAAAGCACCACAUCGCCAGCAGAAAGAACCAUAGGAGUUCGAACGACGCCAACUUCAUUUUCAAACCUAACACAGAGUGAAAACAUUCUGGAUGUUUUGCAGAAAAAGGACACCUGCAUGCGGGUUUAUCUCUGACUUCACCAUCAUGAGACUUUCUCUGGCUUCACAGCAUCUUCUGGUGCUGCUGUCAGUCCUGUCACUCACAAGCCCUUCAUCGACGACCACCACAGAUCCAUCAGUCAAUGCAACGACAGCUGAACAGCCAUGGACAGCAAGCCCUUCAUCGACGACCACCACAGAUACUUCAGUGAAUGCAACGACAGCUGAACAGCCGUUGACGGCAAGCCCUUCAUCAACGACGACCACCACAGAUACUUCAGCCAAUACAACAACUGCAAACCCAUGGACAGCGCCAGCAAUAUUUUAUCCGUUCGGCUCGGCGGCAGGAGACACUCAACAUGUUGAGACUGGUGGAGAAAGCUACUAUUCCGUUGGCCUUUCAACUCCGUUUAAGUUCUUUGGCCGAACAUACAGCAACAUAUAUGUUAAUUAUAAUGGACUCCUUACGUUCAACGUACCUUCAACGUCAGGAUCAUACAAUCCCACCAGAGGAGCUGAAGAUUUCAUCGCUGCGCUCUGGAAUGACUUUGAUGACUAUUACAGCGGUGUGUUCUUGUAUCAGCAGUACACUAACGGAAGCGUCCUCGCUCGCGCCACUCAGGAUAUCAAACAGCAUUUCCCUUCAGUGACCUUCACUGCUUCUUGGGUCUUUGCCGUCACUUGGAUGUAUGGCCUUCAGCCAAACCCGGCAAUCCUGUUUCAAGUGGUUUUAAUUUCAGGUAGUGGUCAGUCUUACUUUCUGAUGAAUUAUGGUGACUGCACUGUGUUAUAUAAUCAAGUGGAGGCUGGAUACGACACAAUAAACUCCAUAAGUCAUUUUGUAAUUCCUGAUUCGACUAACGGCAAUUACCGAAACCUGAAGAACACGACUAACGUAAAUGUUCCUGGUCGUUGGGCAUUUAAUGCAUGGGCAGCGCCAGCGAUAUUCUAUCUAUUCGGCUCAGCUGCAGGAGACACAGAAUAUUCUCUUACUUCUGAUGAAGGCUAUAUAUCGGCUCCCUUCUCCAUUCCGUAUAUAUUCUUUGGCCACACGUACAACAGCGUAUAUGUUCAUUAUAACGGACUCCUUACGUUCAACCAACCUCAACCAGCAUCUGGACCUAACUACAAUCCCACCAGAGGAGCUGAAGAUUUCAUCGCUCCGCUCUGGAGUGAUCUUGAUGACUAUUUCAGCUGCUUGUUCUCGUAUCAGCAGUACACUAACGGAAGCGUCCUCGCUCGCGCCACUCAGGAUAUCAACCAGUAUUUUCCUCAGAUGAACUUCAACGCUUCUUGGGUCUUUGUUGCAACUUGGAAAUACGGACCUCAGCAAAACCCUGCAAUCCUGUUUCAAGUGGUCUUGAUUUCAGAUGGCAAUCUUUCUUUCUUUAUGAUCAAUUAUGGUGACUGUGCUGUGAUUUAUGAACAAAUAGAGGCUGGAUACGACACAAUAAACUCCAUAAGUCGUUUUGUAAUUCCUGAUUCAACUAACGGCAAUUACCGAAACCUGAAGAACACGACUAACGUAAAUGUUCCUGGCUGUUGGGCAUUUAUUUCCAACAGUGAAUCAGUACCUGCCACAACGACCACCACAGUCAGCACGACAACAACUGCGCAGCCGUGGACAGCACCAGCAAUUUUUUAUCCAUUUGGCCCAACGGCGAGAGAUGCCGAACGGCUUAUUUCUAGUGAUGAAGCCUAUGAAUACGUUGCCUUAUCCACUCCGUAUACAUUCUUUGGCCGCACAUACAACAGCUUAUAUGUUCAUUAUAAUGGACUCAUUACGUUCAACCAACCUCAGCCAGCAUCUGGACCAUACUACUAUGUUGCGAGAGGAGCCGAAGAUUUCAUCGCUCCGCUCUGGAGUGAUCUUGAUGACUUGGGUUGGACGGGCAAGUACUGGUAUCAGCAGUACACUAGUGGAAGCGUCCUCACUCGCGCCACUCAGGAUAUCAACCAGUACUUUCCUCAGACGAACUUCAAUGCCUCUUGGGUCUUUGUUGUCACUUGGGACUUUGUCGCGACGUCGGAUAUGAAUUCAUUUAUUCGUCACUUAGCCCAGGCAAUCACGUUUCAGGGCGUUUUAAUUUCAGAUGGCAGUCUGUCUUUCUUUCUGAUAAAUUAUGGUGACUGCGCGGUGAUUUAUGAUCAAGUGGAGGCCGGAUACGACACAAUAGGCUCCUUAUACAACUUUGUAAUUCCCGGUUCAAAUACUGGCUAUUACGCCCCAAACCUGAAAAACACGAGCAACGUAAACGUUCCUGGUCGUUGGGCCUUCAUGGCUGGAACGGAAAAUGUCGUUGGACUGCAAGUGAGACUUCGAUCAUUUUCAGACCUAACACAGGAAGGGAACGUUGAGGCUGUUUUGCAGCAAAUAAACGAAAUGCUGGUCAGCCGCGGACUGCCAAGUAGUGUCAAGAUGACGUUAAGAAAAGUCACGAAGACACAGCCGUAACGCCAGCCUCACGUUGUCGCCAUUUCUAAAGAUCUGUCACUUCACAGGACAAUUUUGUAUUUUUUCACUGUUUAACACUCAAUGAUGCACAAAAAGUUUAUUUUCUGUCUAUUAAGUGUGAAUAAUCUUUGAUCCACUCUUUUCUCAUCACACUUUUGUAUUAUCAGAACUCUAAUCAGACUGCUCUGUAAUAUGUGAAUGAAAUUCAACCUGUUCCUCCGCUUCUCCAUUUACUAGAAGCACAGCUUAUGUAAGAUAACUAAUAUUUGACCUAACUGUGAACCCCUUGCUUUCACAUAGUCUCUUUUUUAAAUUGCAAAACGUAAAUGUAAAUCAUUUUUAAGCAUCUUUGUAAAAGAGGUUGUCUUUAACAAUAAAAGAGGCUUUACACCGCAUAAGCCAAUCAGCUGCAA